UAUAACGUUUUAAACGUUGCUAAAUAAUGAGUACCUGUGUCCACACUGCCCUAUGUUGCUCAAAAUUAGUCCGCCUAAUGAUAUUUAUUUCGAAAUGUUCUUUAGCACAUUGAAUUGUGUAUUAUCAACGACUAUCGCCUAAAGACGAUUUUAUUCUUCAAAUAAUAACCGGAUGUCGUGUUUUGGCAGGUAUCUUGGUUUUCCGGGGCCGGGCAGUAGUCGGGCUGCUGUGUUUCUGAAUUAACUUUCAUCUCCAGCAGUACCCGUUGGAGUACUUGUAUGUUGCCGAGUUGUUUUGUGUGACUUCGUGGCCGUUAACAGGCGCUCAGUUUGUCGUCGUCGGUGUGAUGGAACUGGACAAAAUGGACGAAAACGACUGGAAGUAUCAUGGAGAAGGAAACAAGAGUCUGGUGGUCUCACAUAUACAGCUUUCCAGAGUUCUUCGCUUGCUCAAGUAUCCAGCAGAGGACUCUGAAAACCCACCGCAGACAGCAGAGCAGGCCUUCAGGCAAAUUCAGAACAUUGUUGACUUCAGCUCCAAUGUGAUGAGCAGCCUGCUGGGAGAGAAGUUCAUCCACAGUGGAGAAGUGGUCAAACUGCCACUGGAGUUUGUACGACAGCUGUCAAUCAAAGUACAACAUCAGAGACCAGUGUGGCGCUGUGAUAAGGUGAUGGACAUUUACAGCGGCUGUGCUCUGUGUCUACCCAACCUGACAUCUCCACCUCUGCACCAGCCAACACACACUCCUCCACUGUGCAUCGAGAUCAAGCCUAAAUGUGGCUUCCUGCCGUCCUCCAAACAUGUCAGCAAGGACAUCAAGACCAGAGUGUGUCGCUUCUGCAUGCACCAGCACUACAAGGUAACCACAACCACUUGGAAGCAAUGCAGCCUGUACUGCCCUCUGGACCUGUUCUCAGGGAACAGACAGAGAAUGCACUUUGCCAUCAGGCACCUGAUAGAAGAACCUCAGAACAACUUCAAAAUCUUCAAGGGUGGUCAGUGUAUUUACAGCAGUAAGGAGGGAGGUGACGACUCGAUGGACCUGAACUCGCUGCUGAAUAACCUGAGACCGUACUUGCAAUCCGGAAACAACCGAAUCAACAAUCACAUGAGCAGCAAACCUGUGCUGAAUGACUUCAUCCAGGUCCUAGCGAAUGCCCUGCUGAGCGAAGGAGGAGAUGGAGGGGUGGUGAUGGACAGACAAGAAGAAGGACGGAGCUUCUGUGAAGCCAGUGUGUUUAACAAGGAGAGGAUCCACCACGGUGCUCAGGGUUUACCCAGCGACAGUGUUUUGUUCAGGAUCCUUCAGACUCAGAUGCUGGACACUCUGGACAUCGAAGGACUUUACCCUCUGUACCGCAGAGUGGAACAACACCUGCAGGACUUCCCCAAGGAGAGAACCCGUCUUCAGAUAGACGGCCCCUACAACGAGGCUUUCCUGGAGAAGCUGCAGAAGUGUCCGAGUGAGGAUGACGGCUCUGUGGAGUACGCUGCCGCCAAGGUCCAUCAGUACCGUGUCUCCAUGACAGCCAAGGACUGCUCGAUCAUGGUUGCCCUGGUGCCCAGAAAUGAGGAAGAGGAGGGCGAUGAAGGUCAGAGAUGGAUUAGAGACUUCCUGUCCUCCAGGCCUCCUGCUUUCUCCUACUCAGUCUCCAUCUUGGAUCUUGACCCGAAGCCGUUCGACAGCAUCCCCCGCCAGCUGCGCCUGGAUCAGAAGAUAGUCUCCUGCUACCUGAGGACUGGUGGAGCCUUGCCAAAGGGCUCUCUACCGCCUCUCCCUGGCAUCUUCACAGCUGGAGAGAACGAGGACUGUAGGCUGCUCUUCCACCCUGUGUGAACACCCAAUCAGACCUGGGCAAACCUGUUCCCUGAAAACUGGACUUGCUGAUGCCACAGACAGAGGAGAGAUGCCAUGUUGACGCACAGGUCGGGAAUCACUUAGGAUGUGAAUGUUCCGCAUUACUGACAUGGAAAUUGGUAUUAAAAACUGAUCUAGGAGAAGGGCAAA